AUGGAUCGCCACAGAGGACUCGACGAGGAAAUGUUCUUCAGCAAACCUUCCGAUGAUUGCGACAGUCCUACUAUCGAGCCUCUGAGAAUAUUUCACCCCCAGAGCCCUAAACCUGCAUCGGACCGGUUCAGAUAUCCCACACCAGCAUCCUCCAAGCCUACCUUUCCCCUGCCGCCCGGAGCUUCGAGUUCGGCUGCGCCUUUGCCUUACCCGGAUGACGAUGACCAUCAAAUAGGCCAGCCUUCCCAGUCGAGCCGACCUCCAUACCAAAACGACGGGCGCCGCCCGCAUAAUAUCUACACGAGCCCUACCGGCUCUUCGCAUUCUGAUUCGAACGAUACUAGCCCACGAAUAGAUACAAGUCCCAUGGAGGGGAAAAGGCCUGGCCUUGCCGAGCGACGAGGAACUGCGCCCAAGCCUUUACCAGCGGCGCUAAGCCCUGGCAGCCCCCCUACAGAUGAAAGUCCUCUUUUCGCAAAGCCUCUUGGCAAUCAGUCAAAGCCAGCAGCAGCCCCGGCCCCAGCCAGCACAUCAUUCCCCGACUAUCAUCAGAAACCAUAUUAUCCUCCGCCUAGAGGGAGUUCCACGACUCCAAGCUCAGGUAGCAAUGCGCGACCUCAAGCGAGCCAAGACAACUACCUCAAGACAGCGGACACUGGUGUGAACCGUUUUGCCUCUACAGCCUCCACAUCAACGACAAGAGCGAGUAGAGGAUCUCCGCCGCCACCGGAGACACCAGUCGCCGAACCGGGCAAUAUCCCGGGAGGGGGUAUCGAAGCAAGAUAUGCGGCAGCCGGUAUAUCCGGAACCGCGACACUCAAUAGUUUCCAGAGUGCCGCCGCGGCUCAGCGUAUAGCGCAAUAUGGACAGCAGCCAGCUGCGCAGCAACAUCAGCAGCAGCAUUCGCAACCUCCGCGCCCAUGGACGCCGACAGAGACUCCUGAACAACAACCACAUGGCCCUCCUACAGUAUAUCAGGGGGCAAACCCUGUCAGCCCCACCAGCUCGUCGUUUAGUGCUCAAACUGCGCGGCCAUCGAGCAAUGGUGGAAAAUCCGAUGCGCCCGGCGGAUCAGCGCUGCAAAUCAGUGUAUUAGAGCAAGACUUCCAGCGGAUGCAGAUGUCGCCGAGCCCUCCACCGGCUUACUCCAGCAUCAGUAAUAGCGGAAGCUCUUCCGCAUACCCCAACGAGAAACAGCAGCAGCAGCAGCAGCAACCGCAACAACAACAACCACCGCAGCAGAGGCCAGCUCAGGCAAGCUCGAGCUCAACGACUCCUGCUCCAGCUACCCAGGCUACAUCCCCGCCGAAAAAGCAAGCCGAGAUAGCUGCUGCUGCUCUCGCAUCCCCGGCUUUGCAGCACCCAGGGCACCCUGCGUUUGCGAACGAUCCAAGACCAGAAUCGCAGCAGAUUACCCAGCAGCAAGCGCAAGUCGUUACUCAUACUCCCUCACCCUUCCAGGGGCAAGGUCCUUCUUCGCCGCCGCCGCUGCCCGAGGGCUGGAUUGCGCACCUCGAUCAAAACUCUGGCCAGUAUUAUUAUAUCCAUCUAUCCACGCAGGCUACGCAGUGGGAGUUCCCCAAGGGCCCGAAUCCCAUUCACCAUGAACCUGUGCCGCUGUCUCCCACCGCAUCUACGUAUGGGAACCCUCUUGCUUCGCCGAUGUUUGGAAAGCAGAGCGCAUUGGCCUCGCCUAUGUUCCCACCUCAGACGCCCGGCUAUGCGGAGAGUAUUAUGAGUGUCGCAACCGCCACGCCGACCGCUGCUGGCUUUUCGGGACCACCGCCUGGUGCCGGUGUGGAUAUGUACAAGGUUCAACCCACGAACGGAGUCUAUUUUGGUCCAUAUCUCAGGUAUACCAAUAUGGACAUUGAGAAGGGGAUGUGGCUGGGCAGUAUCCUCGUAGUUACAGAUGCGCCGCAGCCGCCCACUAUCCAUAUCCACCGCAGCGUUGAUCUGUCGCCAAACCCUCGCCAGCUAACACCACAUUCGAUCUACACACACCAAAGAUGGCAGUUCUUUAAAUACGAUGUCGAUCUGCAGAUGGGCGAGGGCGGAACUGAGAGGUGGACAUAUGCAGUUACCUCGCAUCUCGGCUGCACCAGAUACGAGUUCGUCGUCGCGGGCCGCAGCGAAACAAACUGGCGCAUGAUAGCGCAUUCCGGCAACGACUUCGCGGCUAGCACAUCUCAGAACGAGCGCAGCAAGCUUGGCGGGCUGGGAUUCAUGUGGAAGGACGUGCUGCAGAAGAACAUAGACUGCAACGGCUUCCACGUUCAGCUUGGACUAGGUGACCAGAUCUACGGGGACCGGCUGUGGAAAGAAGUGCCGCUCCUAAAGCAAUGGCUGGCGAUGCCAGGAAAGGAAAACAGAAAGAAUUCUGGGUGGACGGCACGACACGAGGAAGAUGUGUCGCACGCCUACUUCCACUUUUACACCAGCCACUUCGACCAGCCGUUCUUGCGCGAGGCAUUUGCGCAGAUCCCACAUAUCUGCCAGAUUGAUGAUCAUGAUAUAUUUGACGGCUACGGCUCGUACCCAGACUACAUGCAAAACUCACAGAUGUUCAAGAACAUCGGGCGGAUAGCCGUGGACAUGUACCUGCUCUUCCAGCACCACACCACGCUAGAGCUCCUCCGGAAUGUAAGCCACGACCUAGAUCUAUUCACCGUCACCGGCCAAGGCUGGCACUUCGUCAAGUACCUGGGCCCGGCCGUGGUGGUAGUCGGCGUCGAUCUUCGGUCGGAGCGCACACAGAGCCGUGUGCUCGCGGGCCCGACAUACCAAGGUCUGUUCCCGAAGAUUGCGAUGCUGCCGCCCAGCGUCCAGCACUGCCUCCUGAUGCUGUCCGUCCCCCUCGUCUACCCGCGCCUAGACACCGUGGAAAGCCUCGCCAACACCUUUGCCACCGGCAAGAAGGCCGUCAACACGACGUACAACGUCCUAGGCAAGGUGACAAGCUCAGUGGCAGGCAUCGUGGGCGGCAAGGAGAUGGUGGCGCAGGGGUUCAACCAAGUCAAGAAGGCGGUGGGCAAGUCCGGGCUGAUGGGCAAUGUGGUGAACCAGUUUGGCGACCUGGAUAUUGGUGAGAUUCUGAAGGAUAUGUGGACGCAUGAUAGCAAGGACUUGGAGCGGACGUACCUCAUCCGCACGCUGCAGGGCAUCUCGCACCAGAAGGGGUUGCGCAUGACGUUUUUGUCUGGAGACGUCAACGCCGCCGGCGCCGGCCUCGUGCACGACCCCACGCACCCGCACGACCACAAGACCAUGUACCAGAUCAUCACCUCCCCCAUCGUCGCCGCCCCCGCCGCCCCCUACAUCCUCAAGAUGCUCCACAACAACCGCACCCACUACAUCCCCUCCAACGGCCACAAGUCCACCAACGAGGUCUCCGACACCAAAGAAGACAUGAUGGAGAUCUUCCACACCGACGCCAGCGGGUCGCCGAGGGAGCUGAAGAAGUUGAUGGGGAGGCGGAACUACGUCGCGAUCGUGGCUUAUGAUCCGGAUGCGGCUGCUGCUGCUGCUACGCCGUUGGGAGGGCAGGGGGGGCAGCAGCAGCAGCAGCAGCAGCAGAGUAACGGGGGGCUGAGCAGGCUGAGCCUGGCGGUGGAUUUCGUGGUCCAGGGCGACGGGGCGUUCACGGCGCCGACGAAGUACGGCCCGGUCAUCGUGCCGCAUUUGGAGUUUGGGCGGUAG